AUGCAGAUCGCAGGUGGUGGUCCAAAGCCUCCAUCUGUCACGCCUCCGCACGCUUUGAUGCAGAUGCCAAAGCAGCCAGGGGUCAUUCCACCAAAGGUUGCCGGAAGUGCUUUGCCAGCCAAGCCCCUGGCCAUAGAUGAAGGAGGAUGGGCGAACGGCAACGGAUGGGGUUCCAGCUGGGAUGAUUGGAAUUCCACUGGUUGGGGCAAGGGGAAGGAUGGGAAAGGCAAGCGAGGUAAGGGCAAAGGCAAAGGCGAUGACUUGGAAGUCGUUGUUAAAGGGCUGCCCUCGAGCACUGAUGAAGCCAGCUUGCAGGCGUACUUUGCGUCAUGCGGAGAGAUCACUCGUGUCAGCAUCCCUCGUGCAAAAGAUGGGUUGCCGAAAGGCGCAGCCUUUGUUGGCUUCACCACCCAAGAAGGUGUGAACAAGGCCUUGCUUCACGAUAAGACCCUCUACUUGGGCAGCAUAUGCAUUUCUGUUCGGCCCUCCAGUGAGAAGCACGAGGGCAGAGGGAAGAAACGAAGCAAUGAUGAUCUGACCGUUGUCAUCAAGGGAUUCCCCGACCAUACGGAUGAAGCAUCCCUGACCGCGUUCUUUGCAUCGUGCGGCGAGAUUGUGCGGGUCAACUUGCCCCGCAACAAGCAUGAUGGCAAACUAAAGGCUGCAGGAUUCAUAGAGUUCAAGACGCAGGAGGGUUUCAACACCGCUCUUACGUGCGACGGCUCCUUGUAUAUGGGCGCCCCGAUUCGGGUCAAGCAUGCUGCGGACAAGGACAAAGGUGGCGGCAAAGGCAAGGACAAGGAGGAUGAACUCACCAUCGUGGUGAAAGGCUUCCCUUCGGAGACCGACGAGGAGAUGCUGAGGAAUGCCUUUUCCGUAUGCGGGGAGAUCGUCCGCCUGAACUUGCCUCGUGGGGCGGAUGGCAUGCCUAAAGGCACAGCAUUUAUCCAGUUCCAGACGGAGGACAUGUUGCAGAGGGCAACAGAGCUCGACGGAUCGGACGUUUUCGGCACAGGCAAAAUCAGUGUGCAUCGUGCCACAGAGAAGGUCAAGAGAGAAAAGAAUGACGACCACACAGUGGUGGUCCGUGGCCUCCCUGACUGGCUGAGCGAAAAGCAGCUCAAAGACGACUUUGCAACCUGUGGCUUCUUGAAGCGAGCAUCGAUGCCUACUGGCAAGGAUGGCAAAGGAAAGGGAUUUGCAUAUGUGCAGUACAAGAACGAUGAGGCGAUGAAAAAAGCCCUGGAGUGGAACAAUACCUGGUACAAGGGGACCAACAUCACGGUCGAGAAGCUCGGUGAGGAGACAAAAGGAAAAGGCCGAGGCCGACGAGGACGAGAGAAAAAAGAGAAGCUGCCAGAAGGGCCCACUGUACACGUGGGUAGCUUAUCCUACGAGGCGCGAUGGCUACGCAAGGGCAGUCAUGCUUCAUCUGCCCCAUCACUGAAGUGCUUCACAUUCCCUGAACUGCCGAGGUCGAUGAUGAGACUCUUGGCAUGA